AUGGCGCCGCCGGCGGUGUUGAUGGUCGGCACCGGCGAGUACACGACCGGCUUCGUCGCGGGGGCGGCGUCCACGUCGGACAAGAAAGUGGGCGUUGUGGGAUUGACGCUGUUCGACCUCCGGAGGCGUGGCAAAGUCUCGGACCUCUCCAUGGUCGGCGUCUCAGGCAAGAAGUUCCCGGCAAUCCGCGAGCAUCUGCAGAAGAACAUCUCUCAGGCGUACAACGGGCUUGACGUGUCUUUCCAGUCCUUCCCAGCGGAUGACCAGUCGGACCCUAAUGCCUUCAAGACCGCCAUCGACGCCCUGCCCCAGGGGUCGGCGGUGACCAUCUUCACGCCGGACUCGACGCACUACGAGAUUGCAAAGUACGCGAUCGAGCGCAACCACCACGUGCUGGUGACCAAGCCCGCGACCAAGCUGCUGUCGCACCACCUGGACCUGCUGGCGCUGGCCGAGCGGCACAAGGUGCUCGUGUACGUCGAGCAUCACAAGCGCUUCGAUCCGGCGUACGCGGACGCCAAGUUUCGCUCAAAAGCCCUGGGCGACUUCAACUACUUCUACAGCUACAUGUCGCAGCCCAAGUCGCAGCUCGAGACGUUCAAGGCCUGGGCCGGCAAGGACUCGGACAUCUCGUACUACCUCAACUCGCACCACGUCGACAUCUGCGAGUGGAUGGUCCGCGACGCCGGCUGGCGACCCUCGACCGUGCGCGCCAGCGCAAGUCUCGGUAUCGCGGAGAGUGUCGGCUGCGCCAAGGGCACCGAGGACACCAUCACCUUGCUGGUCGACUGGACCCAGCCCGGCGAUGACAAUAAGCGCGCCACGGGCAUCUACACGGCGAGCUGGACCGCGCCCAUGAACGCCGGCGUCCACUCGCAGCAGCACUUCCAUUACAUCGCCUCCAAGGGCGAGAUCAACGUCAACCAGGCGAAGCGCGGGUAUGACGUGGUCGACGAGACCGAUCGAUCUGGCAGUUCCUUGAAGUGGUACAACCCUUUCUACAUGCGGUAUGCGCCCGAUGAGGAAGGCAACUUCAACGGACAAAGCGGCUACGGGUACGUGAGCUUCGAGAAAUUCAUCGACGGCGUCACCGCCGUCAAUGAGGGCAGGCUCACGGUCGACCAGCUGGACAAGAGAGGCUUGCCCACGCUGCGGAACACGAUCCUCACUACGGCCAUUUUGGAAGCUGGCCGCAGGAGUCUCGACCAAGGUGGCCGGUCGGUUGAAAUUGUCGUGGGCGACAAUGAUAAGGUGGAACUCAAGUGA